AUGGGACACAAACGAAAACUGUCCAGUGAAGAAGAAAAAGAGAAUAGACUGGGAAAAAAGCUUAAGCGAUUAGAAGAAAAGCUUAAAGAGCAAGAACGACUAGUUCGUCAAUUACAAGAGAAACAUAAUGGCAGUCGUUCCAGCCCGAAUUCUCGGUCGUCGAGAAGUUCGCGUGAAAAUAAAACAGACAAAAGCCGUUCCCGAAGUCAAUCUUAUGAUCAGUCACAUAGUCGGGAAUACACGCAGUCACCAGAUCUUUACUCAAUUCAGGACAGAGAGGAGAAGAUACCUCCUCCCAUAGAAUCGACAGAAAUCAGCGAAAUUCCAUCGAUGCCUUCUAAUAAAAAAGAAAAAGUUGCAACAACGGAGACUUUAACAAUUCCGACUCUUACAAAGGAGGUACUCGAAGCCAUGGGCAAGCGAUUAGAGCCAAAUAAGAAGCGUGGCCCAAUCCACGCGGACAUAGUGACUCGAUGGGAUGACAUAUUGCAAAAAGGUCUACUCAUAAAAGAUUGCAAGAAAAUAUACGAGAAAUACCCUGUUCCGGAAAAUUGCAUCCAGUAUGAGCCUCCUACACUCAAUAAAGAAAUAAAAGCAUCUCUAGCAGAAGCCAUCCUCGCUAAAGAUAAGCGGAAAAACAGGAAAAGGCGCCUCAUACUCAUGGCAAAUCUAAAUCCGACUUUAAAGGAGACGCUAGUUGCGACCAAGCCGGGAGAAUGGCUUUUCGGGAGCGAUCUAACAGAAAUACUCAAGGCAGCAAAAUUCUUAGAAAAGUCAUCUAAGGAUCUAAAGCCAGUCGCUAAGAAUACCGCGACAACAUCUCUAAACGGCGGCGGGGGGGCAUCGAAGACCAUUCACUCCAGCCGUAAGGAACUCCAGUCGUCACAGGUCAUCGUCAGCGAGGUCAUACCACAGCAGGUACAGCAGAUACAGGAGACAUCGUCAUCAUUAAUAGCAAGUAUCAUAGAAGGUCGACUGAAAUCCUUUUCGCAUAUUUGGAAACGCCUUUUUAUGGAUAAAAAGGCCCUGGAAUGGACAAAAGGCUACACCAUUCCGUUUUGCGCCCAACCGAUUCAAACAACUGAGUUGGUGGAACCACGCUGGUCAGAUAAAGAAAAAUCACAAAUGAAAAAACAGAUUAACGAGUUGCUGCAAAAAGGCGCAAUCCAGCCAUGCAAGAAAUACGAGGAUCAAUUCUUUUCUAGAAUAUUCCUCGUCCCUAAACCAGAUGGAUCCAGUCAUUUCAUUCUAAAUUUGAAAAAACUAAACGAGUUUAUAAAGACAGAACACUUUAAAUUAGAAGACAUUCGGACAGCCCGUGAUCUCAUACAGCCAAAUUGCUUCAUGGCCACAAUAGACUUAAAAGACGCGUAUUAUCUCGUACCAAUCGCAGAGACAAACAAGAAGUUUCUAAGGUUCAUUUUCGAUAAACAAAUAUACGAAUUCAACUGUUUACCGUUUGGGUUAAGCACUGCUCCAUUUGUCUUCACCAAAUUAAUGAAGCCCCCAAUAACUCGGUUACGAGAACACGGAUUCACAUCCGUUAUUUAUCUAGACGAUAUUCUUUUACUCGGAGAGUCAAAAGAAAAAUGCACAAAAAACGUACAGGAAACUCGUCUUUUAUUAGAAAAAUUAGGCUUUAUAAUAAAUGAUGACAAGAGCUCGAGAUACAAAAUUCGCGAGUUUGCUUCACUAGUAGGUACUCUUAGCUCCUGUUGUUUGGCAACCAAAUAUGGCUGGCCACACAUAAAAGACCUUGAACGCGAAAAAUUCUUGGCCCUGAGGAACAAUGCAGAUAACUUCGAAGCACAGAUGAAAUUGACUCCUAGAUUCGUUACAGAGAUCUUUUCCGACGCAUCUCGGUCAGGCUGGGGAGCUAGCUGCAACAACGCUAAAACUCAUGGAUUUUGGAAUAGUGAGGAACAACAACAUCAUAUCAAUUACUUAGAAUUACAGGCAGCAUUUUUUGGUCUAAAAUGCUUUGCAAAAGACUUUAAGAAUUGCAAUAUCCUACUUCGUAUCGACAAUACUACGGCUAUCUCUUACAUUAAUCGGAUGGGAGGAAUACAAUUCGAACACCUGAGCAAAGUAGCGAAAGAAAUUUGGUCUUGGUGUGAACAACGCAAUAUAUGGAUCUUUGCUUCAUAUAUUUGUUCAGAAGAUAACGUCAUUGCAGACCAGGAGUCUAGGCGGAUAGAGCCGGACAUCGAGUAUAGUCUUUCACAAAAGGCCUUUAAGCAAUUAUACAUGAGAUUUGGCAAACCGACUAUUGAUCUUUUCGCUACCAGAAUUAACAACAAAUGCUCGAAAUACGUAUCCUGGAAACAAGAUCCUGGUUCUAUUGCAAUAGAUGCUUUCAUCAUCGAUUGGAACCACGAAUUCUUUUAUGCUUUCCCACCUUUUGCACUAAUCCCAAAAGUUUUAAAAAAGAUUCGUAAUGAUAACGCCAGAGGUAUUCUAGUCAUACCAAACUGGCCAUCUCAAGCCUGGUUCUCCCAAUGUAUACAGAUGUUUGAAUCCAAACCUAUUAUAUUUAAACCAAGUUUCAAUCUCUUAUCUUCUUCUAACAGAGCUCCUUAUCCAUUAUGGUCCCAGCUUUCCCUGGUGGGCGGAAUCUCAUCGAAUAGGCGUACCAGCUAA